UAUAUAUAUAUAUAUAUAUAUAUUCAAUUUGAUCCAAUCGUAAUUGUCCAAAAAUGGUACCACUUAUCGGCUAACCGUUUAGACAGAUCUAAAGAGUAUAUAAAUACUAAACAAUUUUCUUUAAAUUACAAAAAAUAAUAUCUUUAAUCUUUAAACAUGAAUUUCUUAAAACACUUUUUGCGUCCUCAUAAAGAAGACUCUGGUUCCAAUACACCUGUUCACUCCAAUGCAGCAACUCCUAUUACUUCUCCUGUUGGUUCUAUAGUUAAUGUGGAUGCGGCUAUUCGACCUGUUGCUGAUCGCUACUAUAAUGAUCCUAUGCGUACAAACAAGAAACCUGAUGCUGUUGGUACUUUCUAUGAUCCUAUGGGUGGCCACGGUAGUUACACUGUCAGUAGAGAUGUCACAAACACGGGUGCUUAAACUCUAUAUACACGCAUACAUACAUACAUAUAUUAUGUAAAUAAUUACGCAUAUCAUUCUUAUAUCCAAUCAUUUUAUUCAUACUACUUACUUUUUAGAAUAUUAAUAAACAUUUAUUUACAUUUAAUAAC